AUGUCCUUUCUCACCCACAUUGGCCACAAACGAGAACAAGCCACAAACACCUUGACAUGUCUGAGCCAACACUAUUCCGAUGUCAGUCUGGCUAGAUUACAGAGUUUUCCAAAUCUGAUGCAAGAGAUAUCGAAUAUUCAAGACAAUGUUGGAAUCGUUCUGCUGAAUCAGCAUGCCAUGAACAUCACUCUCAAUUGGUUGUGUAAUUUGAAAGCGUUUCAUGAUCCGACAAUUCUCGAAAAUAUUGUAGUUUUUGCAAUGGACAACCACUCGUAUCAGAUGCUUUCAAUGUUAUGGCCAUCCAUUCGAACGUUCAAAUUAGAGCUUCCAUCUGUGUCACAACCAUUCCGAGUGGGACAUUGUCAGUACCAGCUGUUUCAACUUCUACGGGCUAAUCUUGCAACAAUGUUCUCCAUGAUGAACAAAUCAUUUUGGAUGUUACAACCGGACACCUAUUGGCGGGAAAACCUAUUCGAUUUGUUUGAUGUGACCAGAAAUGAUUCAACAGAUGUAUAUCUAGACGUUGAGGGAGAGUCUGUGUUGUCGUCCAGGAUGAUUGCCGGAGGGAACUUUCAUGUGAGAGCCUCAACAGCAUCUACUUUGUUUUUCCAUCAGCUCAGCACUGAAAUUCGAGAACGCUACACAACAGAUAACAAUGUGAUGGGAGCAAUGUGUGCGCAAGGAUUUGCGUCAGUGAAAUGCGAGUUCAUUCCAUACCACACAAUUUCAAACUGGCGAUGGAAGAAUAAAAAUUUGAAACCCGCGUUGAUGCAAUUCGAUAGUCUUAUUCUUCCGGGGACCAUGGGAAAACUGGAAAGGAUGCAUCGAGCAGGAGCAAAGUUUGUGCAUCCAGACGGAUCAUGCCUAGUUUUGGAAUCUGCCAACGUCUCUUCCCUGGUCAUAUUUGACGACACGUUACCCCACGUUUUAUUUCCACCGUGUUUUCACUUCUUCCAUGUGGCACACGUCGAUAUGGUGCCGAAGUCUGUAUUCAUACUUUUGUUGACUGGUGUUCAGUUAGUAUUGGCAGCUGAGGAAUACAAAAGUCAAACGACAUACCCGGAGAGUGCUCCACCAGCAGCAACAACUCCAGCGCCACCUCCGCCUCCCCCUCCUCCAAAGCCCUAUGUAGAGCAUUCAGCUCCACCACCUCCACCUGCGCCCGCUCCCUCUCUAGCACCAUAUCCUCAACAAGCUCCACCACCACCACCACCAACAGCCGCUCCAUACCCACAACAAGCCCCAACCCAGGCGCCAUAUCCUCAACACGCUGUUCCAGCUCCUGCUCCGUAUCAUGAGCAACCUCCACCACCACCUCCACCAGCUCAUUAUCCUCCUCCACCCCAUCAAUACCCACCACCACCUCAUCCAGCUCCCCAUCCAGCAUACAUUGAUCAUUCCGCACCUCGCCCAGCAUAUCCAGAACAAGCACCUCCACCGCAACCAUACCCACAACAACAACAUACGUAUAACGGAGGACCACGUACCUACCAUGAGCAGCCACCACCAGCUUACCCAUCCAAAUUCCAAUACGUAGACUAUCCAGCACCCACGACUCGCAGACCGUAUCCAUACCCUAGUUUUGAAGUUUUGCCACAUCACGAAGAGUACCAGCCAAAACCCACCCGUAGACCAACCACUACUGAAAAAUCCACUACUACCCAUAAACCUCGUCCAGGAUGGGGAGAUACCGAGUACAACUACCCGGAGAGACAGCUUCCACUGAAAGGAUGUUUUUAUAACAAUCAUGGAUAUGCAUGCUGCAAUCUCCGCCUUCAAAAUAAAAUGGAGGAGUUGGCUGAUCAACUUCUGAACAACGGGACUUUCCAUCGAUGCAAUGUUCAAAAACUAGCCAACGAUCUUCAGGAUACAGUUGAAACAGCUUUCAACGAAGACUUUGAGACAAUUGUUGGUCUUUCUGACUUUGCCGAGCGCAUUCAUUUCCGUGAACAUUAUGUUUGCAAAAUUGAAGUCGCUGGAAGGUACAUGCUAGCAUGGGCAACUCCAGAUGACCACCCGGCGAGAAAUAAGCGUGGGGUCAAUUCAACAACACCCGUCGAAAUUCACGAAUACAAUUUCUAA